AUGCCUGACCGAAAGUCUCCAUCUUCAUCGGCCGCAACUCUGGAUAACAAUACAUCUUCUACACUAGCAGUCUCAGACGCUGUCCCUCUGGAAGCAUCAUCCGCCUCCAUCUCCAAUGACACUCCCACUCAGAGCGUUGACCAAGACACACAGACAAAUGCCGUAGAGCUGCAUGACGAUCCCACCGAUGAGGAUACCGAAUGCCACUCCAGAUCCACAUCUCCGCCAUCUCCAUCUCAGCCCUCACCCGCUUUCACCUUCGCAGUCCUCGACGACCCCCCUCCCACCCCCUAUUCCCACCCCGAUCCCCUUCACCAAGCCAUCUACACAACCUACACUCCCAUGCCCACUAAAGAAAGACUCCAAAGACGCCAAGAAUGCAUCUUCCGCCUCCACCGCCUCCACCAAGGCCUCAUCCAAGACCCCUUUGGCGAAUGGGCCGACCUCGCCCACGGCCUAUACGGCGGCACAAUCCCCCCCGAAUUCUACCUCACCUCCGCCCCCUUCACCCUCUACUCCCUCCGCGGCCGUGUUCGCCUGCGAUACAUCCGCACCGCCUUCUGCAUGCCCAUUGACACCACCGUAUGCCAGAUCGAAUCCUUCCUUAGCCGCAACCCUUCCAUCGUCCGCUAUCUCCUUUUCAACGUUCUGCCUAUCCCCGAUCAUGCUCACAGAGAAAAGUCCUGCAACUACCAGAUACACGUAAGCCAUCCCACAAGCCAGAAACGCAAUAAGCAUUUGUUGCACGCUAUCAAGCAGCUGGACUGGAUCGAUGAGACGGUCGACUGGGUGGCCAAACUGGCCCGGACGGAAGACGAGAGGACCUUGUCUACGCUAUACAAGGCGAGAGGAGUCGAGAUACUGCCAACUGUGUGGAAGAAGAUGCUGGAGAUGGAGGAGAAGUGGAAGCCAGGUAUGGAGUUGUCCAAGUUUCACGCGCGAGUUGUUGCACAUAUGCAGCGGAAUCGUCCAAACAGCCUGCUUAGCAACAUCGUCACGCCCCAAGAUAUUGUGGAAGAUUCAUAA